AUGGGCUGCAGUGACUGGACCGGCAACGCACGCACCGGCAACCAGAGCGCUUUUGUCAACGAGGCAAACAUGAAUUACAAAAACCUUGCUAGUGUUUCUCGCGGUCGCGGGGUCUCUGCUCGUGGUUCCCGUGGUGGCAAGCUUGCCAAGGCGACAGCCGCUGAAUUGGUGCCGCCUGCCCCUCUGGGCCGUGUUGUUGGAGAAUUUCUUGCCAGUGAUCUUCCUCGCACCGUUUCCGCUGGGAAGACUCUUGGGGUCACCGACGUUGAGACGAUCGCGUCGUUCAACUGGCUGAACAAGGCUGAUGCACACAUCACUGUUCCUGACUUUCCGCUAGAGGCGUCAGUCGAGGCAAUCAUGAAGAUGAAUUCCGACUCGGACAAGGCCUCAUACUCGGGUCCGAUUGAUGUCUUUGGCUGCGCCAGUACCCUGGGGAACCUCCUCCGCUUUACAAGAGGCGAGAAUGCGAGCUUUCGAAUUCUAGUUGAGGUGGUCGGUACUACUGUACACUUCAUUCGUCGCGAAAAGUCGCCGCGGGAAAUCUUUGAAGACGUUGUCGGCUACGGUUAUACCUUUCCAGAAAACUACACUACCUGGGACAAGUCAGUGCGAGGCUCGACCUCCCAUCAGCGCAUCCUCAAGUACCACUUUAGUGGUUUGACGCUCCUUGUGCGGUUCGAAGGCGAUGGCUAUCUCCCCGAUCAUGCUAAUGCAUCGUCGUCCAAAGACGCCGGCAGCGAGAAGGCAGUAGGUGCGGCCUCGGUCGACGACUUGGUUGCGUCCCUUGUUGUCUCGCACAAGGCCCCAUCAUCCAACAUUUCGCUCACCAUCUCCGACGGCGGCAGUGAAGUUCCUUCUCGAGCCACUUUUGACCUCAAGACCCGCGCCAUCUACCGCAAAGCCGAGGAGGCCGAGAUCAUCGCUAGCGAGAUGCCUCGUCUCUGGCUUCGGCAGACGCCGACCCUAAUCCUUGCCUACCAUAAGUACGGUGUCUUUUGUGACAUCAACGUCCAGGAUGUGCGUGCCGGUGUGGUGAAAUGGCAAGACGAGAACCAGGAGAUCCUCGCGCGCUUUGCAGGGCUGCUUGAACGGAUUGUGGGUUUCGCUAGGGAGCAGGCAGUCAGCAAGUUGGAGAUCACAUGCGAUGAAGGAAGUGAUACUCUUUACGUUCGUAAACAGAUUGCAGUCACAAUGUCGGCAUUCUCUCCACCCGUCGAGGAUCGUUGGAAAUUGUGGCUCGCAAACCAUGGAACAAACAAUGGUAAGGAUAAUCAGAAAGCCGGGUAG